UUCUCAAAAGUCAUGACUUACUGGUGCGGUAAAAGUUUGCAAUAUUACCAGUACUACGGGUUUAUCUUUCGAUUUUGAGCGUUUUGUUUUCCAAAAGAGCUAAUUCAAUGAAAACUCCUUUCAACCAGAAUAAUUCCUUAUUGAUGGUUGGGCACCGGCCAGUCAUUUCGCCUUGAUAGUGUGUGUCACUUUGGCGUCAACUAACGAGUAGCCAGCCUGCACUACGGCCAUGCUGACUCGAUUACCUAUCGCCGUCCAAAGGCGGUCCGUACUUCACGUAAUCAGUGGAUUACUGAUCUGGUAUCAGCAUUGUCCCAUUCUGCCCAUUGUCGCUGGUGAUGACAUCUGUCCACCGUUGUAUAACGACACCAGCGACGGCAGUACGGCUGUACUGGCUGGCGAUUCUGGAUAUUCGGAAAACCAUGACUGCCAGCUAGACUGUUACCGUGAGGAUGAUUACGACAUCAUCUGCGAAGCGGUUAACUUCAACGAUCUCAUAGCGUUGGUAAAAAGUCUUAAUUUUCCUGAUAAAACACUUAACAUGCUAAUUUGGAAUUCGCCCAGCAUUAUUGAACUUGAGUCCGGUGUCUUCCGUCCCAUCCGUCACAAUAUGAACAGCCUCCAUAUUUUCAACCUCACCAACCUGGUUAAUUUUCCCGUACUGCGAGAAAGCAAGAUCCGGACGUUGAAGAUCGAACUAGCCCCCGGUGUGACCCAGUUCAACGCUGAACUUCUCCCCGCCGAGAUCGAGAGAAUAAUUCUCCUACAGACCGGCAUAAAUCAGCUCUCUGUCGAUCUCCAAGAGGUUACGCCUUUACAGAAUGUGAAAAUGUUCGUUUUUGUCGGGCACAGCAUCACGACCAUCAGCGACAAUUUCCUCAACAUAUUCCCCAAUCUGGAAUCGAUGACCUUUGCGGAUAAUGUCGUUACGAUCAGUGUCAGCGACAUUCCGGAUCAACUGUUCACGACGCGAAGCCUUUUAAAACAUUUCAUUUUUACGAACAAUUCAUUCAACGGGAGUCAUCAGUAUGUACAAGAAAAUCUAAUGGAAACGAUCAUCGAAAAUCUGAAUCUGGCCAAUAACAGCGUUGUCGUCGAUCUGUCAAACAAUAAUCUACCAACCUCAAAAGACGCCAAAGACGCGCUAGCCAGUAUCAAUACGACGAAAACGCUUUCGUUUAGCGGGAAUCAAUUCGGGCAGUUGUUUAAGGCCACGAACAUGUUUACGGGAUUUGAUUUGCUGGAAGAACUGGAUUUGAGCAAUACCGUGUUACCGAAACAAAUCGGUCUGUUCCAAGGUCUUGGUGCGCUGACCACUUUAAACCUGGCAGGUAAUAUGUUUCGGGAUUUAGCCCGGAUCGACAUUUUUGAUCAGCUCAUCGCACCAUUGGUAAAGAUUGACCUUUCCAACAAUAUCCUAAUGGCGCUACCAAAGUCCGCGUUUUUUGCCAAUAUAACAAUCGGAUUAAAAGAAUUAUUACUAAGUGGAAACAAAUUUCACAGUGAACUGAUAGCUGUGUCGAGUCCUGAAAUGUAUCCGUCACCGUUUCCUCCUGAGUUACAGUUUCCCAAUCUAACCACGUUGGAUCUAUCCCAAGCUAGCUUACAAAUAUUUAACGGUUCGUGGAUCAGCGAGUUUUCCAGUUUAAGGCAGUUGGACCUCAGUUGUAAUAAAUUUGAAAAGGUCACAGAGAAUUUCUUUAAGGGCUUACCAGAGUCACUGGAAGUGUUGCUCAUGAACUUUUGCUCGGAAUCCAUGCAGAAGUCACCGAAAUUUACCGACUCGGCCUUCGCUACCCUGGGUAAUUACAGCAAUCCCCGACUGAAGCAGCUCAGUUUGCAAACUGGAUAUUUUAAGACAUGGAUACUCAAAAGGUUGUUAGCGAUACCGGAAGCGACUAAAAAGUCGUUGAAAUUUCUAGAUUUGUCAAAAAAUCAGAUUAAGUAUUUGUCCCGCGACUCAUUAACCGGAUAUCCUUAUCUAGAGAAGCUGCACCUAGGCGAAAAUGCCAUACAGACUAUCGGUCCGAAUACAUUCUCCGAUUUAUUUAGUCUACGAUGGUUGAAUCUGUCCAGCAAUUUUAUUGUCAGUGUCCAAGUGGGAGAAUUUACUAAUCUUCCGAAUCUGACAUUUUUGGAUCUCUCGAAUAAUGGUAUGCUCAACAUUGGUCAAGGCUCUCUUAACAGCCUGACUGCUUUGACUAAUUUAUAUCUUGGCCGGAACAAGCUGCAAAGCUACAUUGGAAUGUUCACAUCAGACGCCUCGAAUCUCGUCCAUCUGAGCUUAGCGCGCAACCCUCUAAUUUCUCUAAAUACGUAUCCUAUUGGUUGCGUUGACCGCAAAGAUUUAUCCAAAAUGAGCGGCUUAAAAUUUCUGUACAUCGAUAAUUCUACGGUCAUCUACAUUGACCAUGGGAACUCCAACGACUCCAUCACAACUCAGCUGCGUAAUGUACAUUUAAUGCCGAACGAUCCCUAUUCGCUGGCGUGUCAGUACGGCCCACCGUACGUCGAGUAUGGUGAUGCCACCGACAUACCCAAUUCGGAACCGGGAGGCUUUAUGCAGUGGAUCGACGAUUUCGUCCGAUUGGCCGUGGCCGAUCCCACCGAUCUCACGCCGCGAAGUUUUGUCGCGCUGAUACCCAAGUGUUUUAGUAAUUCGUACAAAUUCGUAAGGAAUGCGACAACCAAUUUCAUCUGUCCCAUUAAGGAUCCUAAGACGUUGGAUCCCUCAGUAAAACAGCCGAGCAGUGAUAAUAACUAGUCUGCAUCGAUGCAACUGUCAAAAACGGCUGGUCCAUUGAUGUUAGACAAAAAUUGGUGUGAACAGUGGUGUCGAAGAUUUGAGUGAUAAAAGAUGGUAUCCGGAGCAUGCUCCAUAACUUAUUAAGAAAAAUAAGGACAUUUUGAAAAGCUCUAACAUUUCGUUAGAGUGCGGGUGUAUCAUAAAAGUGUUUAAAUGAUGCGAUAAGCCGUCACGGGAUCCCAAUUUAUCAUAAUUUUUAAACAAUGAAUUCUUUAAAGGCUUUCGCGGUCAAG